AUGAUGAAGGCGGCUCGGCGAGCAACCUCGUUGCGCGCCUUCUCGACUCCAGACACGUCUGCAGCCACUGUGAAGCCCUUUCAAUCGAUACCAGGCAACUGGAAGGGCAUGAUGCCCCUCAUUGGCGUUGCGCCCAUCUUUCUGCCCUACGUGGUCAAAGAGGCAGACGGCGGAGGACUCUUAACCGAGGACUUUCUGAAGGACCAGUACGACCGCUAUGGCAGAGAUACGGGCAUUUCUCAGUUUGGUCCAUCCAGUGAAAAGUGUGCCAUUGUCUACGACGAAGGCUACCUGCAAGUCUUUCAAAAGGAAGGUAAGUAUCCAAGCGGCAUUUUGGAAGGCGCUUGGCCCAUCAAGCAGUACAACGAAAAAUACGCCAAGGAAUCUCCACCCAAUCCCUUUCUGGAACGAGGCGAAACUUGGCGGAAAGGCCGCAUGGCCAUCAACCCCUACCUGUUCAACAUUCAGGCUGCCCAAUCGUAUCUGGAUCCUAUCAAUGAGACAGCUCGAUCGGCGGCAGAACACUUCGAGGACUUUGCCACGACCGGCCGAUUCGAUCAGUUUUGCGAGCUGGCCGCCUUUGACAUGUUCACAGCGGCAGCCUUGGGCGUGCAGCUGAACAGUGUUGGUAGCGACCCAAAGGGCCUCCACUACUUCAAGGAGAUCCAUGGGGGCAUCGGAACCAUGGUAAAGGUCACCACCAACUGCCCCUACUCCAAGCUCGACAUGUUCAAGUUCGGCGCCUGGGAUGGCUUUGUCUCGGAAUGGGAUCGCGGUCGCAAGGCGGGUACCGAAUUGGUCGAGUCGGUCAUGGAGGGAAAACUCGGCACUGGGACGGGCAUUAUGCACGGCUUCCUGAACGACGAAUCUUUGAAGAUUUCGCGCGAAGAGGCCACGGAGAUGUACCUCAUCCUGACCUUUGCGUCCGCCGACACGACUGCGGGGUUUAUCAACAAUGCCCUGUCCAACAUUGCGAAGCAUCCCUCAGUUCAAGAUAAAAUCCGAGCCGAGCUCGAGGCUGAAUUGGGUGGCCAGGAUUACCAUCCGAACCAUGGCAAGGAUGGGCAACCUGUGAAACUGAACUACUUGCAACAAGUCUUGAAAGAGUCGCAGCGAGUGACUCCCACUCUUCCCUUUGUCAAUGUCAAGAACGACAUUCCCAAAGACUUGGUCAUCAAUGGCUAUCACGUGCCUGCCGGCACCACGGUCAUUUUCAGCCACAUGGGCAUUGCCACCGACCAGACCUUGGCUGGUCCUAAUCCACACCUCUUCGAUCCCGAUCGUUUUUCCGACGAGGCUGUCGCCGCUCGCAAGGGUACCCGGGCCGAGUUUUUAGACCAUCCGGUCGCCUGCAAACCCUUUGGCUUUGGGUCGCGCAUGUGCGUCGGAUCGCGCAUCGCGAAGCUGGAGUACACCUCCAUCCUAUGUCGUAUCUUGCAGGACUAUGUUAUGACGUAUGACGAGGCAGCCAAUGCCAACUUGAAUUCCCGUCGCAUCGCGCAUACCACCACCAUCGAACGGCCCUGUCCGACCUUCAAGGUGACCAAGUUGUAG